AUGAGGAUCCUUUGGCCUGUAGUCAUCAGCUCGGUCGUUGUUCUUAAUUCUAUUGAUUUGAGUGUACAGUUCCGGCAUCGGUCUUUAGUUCCCGUUGAAGGUCCUUCUUCUCCUCAAAGCUCUCAUUCUGCAAUCUCUCAUUUGGCUACAAAUUCUGGUUCAAAUGGCAGUUCCAGGUCCCGUUCCAGGUCUCUUUCUAGGUUCAAUUCGAGUUCCAGAUCCAGCUACAGUUCCACUUCCAGUUUCGGUCCCAGUUCCAGUUCCAGUGCCAGUGCUAAUUCUCAUCCUGCACCUCCAGUAGAAGUUCCAAGACGUCCAGUUAUUAAUUUGAAUCGGGUCCCACUACCUGAACAGGCCGAAAUAGUACGAAAUUUCAGUAUAUUUAGUGGCUAUUUUAUAAAGAACUAUAAUCGCGAAACUGAGGUUGAUAAUCACCGGAUGUUCCAUCUUACUAGCACCGUGGGAAGACGUUCAGUAAAAGAUAGAGAUGAUUUCAUCGUUGGUUUUUUUGAAAAUGGUGAUUACACACUUAGAGGAAUAUAUCAAAUGCAGGAUUUAAGUUCACAGUCCGGUCAUCGCUCUUCAGUUCCGCAUGAAGGUCCUUCUUCUCCUCAAAGCUCUCAUUCUGCGAUCUCUCAUUCAGCUACAAAUUCUGGUUCAAAUGCCAGUUCCAGAUCUCGUUCCAGGUCCAUUUCUAGGUUGAGUUCCAGAUCCAGUUUCACUUCCACUUCCAGUUCCAGUUCCAGUGCUAAUUCUCGUCCUCCACAUCUAGUAGAAGAGUUAAGUUUACAGUCCGGAAAUCGGAAUUAUGGUGCUCGUCGAUCUUUAAUUACCGAUGAAGGACCUUCUUCUCCGCGUGUCUCUCGUUCUACUACCAAAUCUGGUUCCAAUACCGGUUCCAGCUCCGUUUCCAGGUCCCGUUCCAGGUCCGCUUCUCGACACCCUUCCAGUACGAGUUCUACUUCCAGUUCUAGUUCAAAUGCUCAUUCUCCUCAACCUGUACAAGGAUUUACGGAGAAAAUUGCUCAACGCAUUCGAACAACUGAGAAAGGACCCUCUAAAACUGAAGAAUCUCAACAACAUCAGACUAGUUCCAGAUCGAACUCCAAUGCAAAAGGCGGCGAUGGCAACAUUGGUAACUACUUUCAACGAGAGAAAGAAAGCGGGAGAAAUGACACCAAAAUCUUUCAAAGUAUAUUAGCCAUUAGAGAUUGUAUGAAGCUGCAGGGAAGACUGAUUAGAUAUAAUGAGUGGUGCUUUGGACAAUGA